CGACCACGACCAGCGUCAAAGGCUGUGAGGAAGAUGGCGCAAAUGUUGCUACGAAGGGAUCUAUGAGUCGUGUUGCUGGUCGUUGCCGAUCUGAGUUUGGUGAUCUACCAAAUUGGUGUUUAUCCACUACAACUCAUCAUCAAGAAGAUCUGAAAAAAUUGGGGAAAAUUUUGACGGAAGCAGCGACGGAGGAUAAGACGGUGAUAAUAACCACCUUAAACAAGGCUUGGUCUGAGCCGAACUCCACGUUUGAUUUGUUUCUCCACAGUUUUCAUGUCGGAAAAGGGACUAAGCCAUUACUCCGCCACCUUGUGGUGGCGUGCCUCGACGAGGAGGCCUAUUCUCGGUGCUCAGAGGUCCAUCCCCAUCGCUGUUAUUUCAUGAAAACGCCAGGAAUUGAUUUCGCUGGCGAUAAGAUGUUCAUGACGCCGGACUAUCUCAAGAUGAUGUGGCGUCGUAUAGAGUUUUUGGGUACUUUGUUAAAGCUGAGAUAUAACUUUAUCUUCACGAUCCCAUUUCCUCGUCUAUCUAAAGAAGUCGAUUUCCAAAUCGCUUGUGAUCGUUAUAGUGGAGAUGAUAAAGACAUCCACAACGCUGUCAACGGUGGUUUCACUUUUGUUAAAGCCAAUCAACGAACCAUCGAUUUCUACAACUAUUGGUACAUGUCGAGGCUGCGAUAUCCGGAUCGGCACGAUCAAGACGUGCUGGAUCAAAUUAAAGGUGGUGGGUACCCUGCAAAAAUUGGACUCAAAAUGAGGUUUCUCGACACAAAGUACUUCGGAGGAUUUUGUGAGCCAAGUCGGGACUUGGAUAAAGUUUGUACAAUGCAUGCCAAUUGUUGUGUAGGAUUAGAGAAUAAAAUUAAGGAUUUGAGACAAGUGAUUGUGGACUGGGAGAAUUAUGUGUCUGCAGCGAAGACAACUGAUGGUCAAAUAAUGACAUGGCGAGAUCCGGAGAAUUGCAUGAAGCAAUGGUGGUGGAGAAACAAAACAAAACAAGUAUUGAGUGAAAAUUCAAAAGAAAACUAUUUAAAUAUUAUGUUGUUUAUCAAAACUUAUAUCAUUCUAAAUUUUUGUUUACCUAUGAAUAACAUAAGAAAGUUUUUUUUUUGUUUUGGUAGUAUUUUCGUAAAUAGGUGA